CAUAGGAUAAAAUAGCAUAGCAUAGAAUGGAGCGGUUCGUGGUGCGCCGACCCCGCUCCCCUCAGAGCCCCCGCCAGGCCCGCUCGGAGCCCCGCUCCUACCGGCAGGCCACGCUCGAAUCCCUUAAGAGGGUGGUGGUGGUGGAGGAUAUAAAGCGCUGGAAGGCGAUGCUGGAGCUGCCCGGGCAGCCUAAGGAAAAUCUGCUGGAAGCUCUGGGGGAACUGAGGAAGAAAAUCCCUUCCAAGGAGGUGUUACUGUCCACUAAGAUAGGUCACACAGUGAACAAGAUGCGCAAACACUCCGAUCACGACGUGGCCAGCCUUGCCAAAGAUGUUUAUAUGGAGUGGAGAACCUCCAUCAAACACCACUCAAAUAGGCCCUCCAUAGAAGUCAAGAGCGAUCCCAAGACUGAGGCGUUCAGAAAGAACGCACGGAAGCUGCUUUGUGAAGCCCUGGAUCUGGAGAUUGAUCACCCACUGGCUGAAAAUAUUGAGCGAGAAGCUUUUCAUCUCUCUUCACGUCUCAUUAGCGCGCCGUAUCGCAGAAUGGUGCGAGCUCUUGUCUUCUCAUUAAAGCACAAGCCUGAAAUCCGUGCAGAAGUCAAGACUGGCACACUCACCGUCCCUGCCUUUGUACAGAGCCAUAAAAAGUGAGGCGUCGUGCUCGAUGCCGAGUGAGAACUUCAUGUGCCUGUGUCUCUAUGGAACUGGGAACCCUUUCUGUCACAGGGGGAUUGCUGAAGCGCUGACAGCGUGACUCACUUGGCUGAGGACAAGAACUACUAGUGAUGGAAGUGGUGCUUUAAAUCUUUGUGGGGCUGCUGCAUAAGAAGUUUCUUCUGCUCUGCUGCGUGUUUUCCUGGUACAAAGCCAUCCCUGCUCACUCACCUGUUCCUGCUGUCAGUUUGUCAUCCCUCAGCUCGGCUCCUUCCCUGAUGUGGAUCUUCAGAUGCAAUUAGCUGAACGGCAUAAAGGAUCAUCUCUGCGCUGUGUGGGAAAUAGUGGGAAAUCUGGGUAAUUGUUUCAUGGGAGGAGGUUCCUAACAGAUAACUGCAAGCCCUCAUUAAUCCUAAAUCAGCCAAGUCCGCUGCGGCUGGGCCCUGUUUAGCCAAGCCAGGUGAUUUCCUCUACAUCCACAGUGAUACAAAAUGGGCUUCAGUGGUUUUAUAUCCAUCCCUCCAUGGGCUCAGUCAUUCUGCGGUGGUGGGCAUCCUCUGAAACCCUGGGGUAAAGGUGCUCUCUGAUACCUCUACUUAAUGAGCAGCUCGCUCUGACUUCCAUACCUCACUCAUGAUUGAAAUGUGGUGCUUUUUCUUAAUGUAACACUGGAAAAACUCACCUAGAGAUGAAUUUUUUAACUACAGUUAUGUUGUAAGGAAAACAUUCCACAUCCAGGCUUUCCUCUGUAUAGAGCAUGGUGUAAACAGAUUUAAGCAACAAACUAUUGUUUGAAUUGCUACUAGUUAUUAAAACCUGGAAACCUUG